GUACGUCUGUGUAGCAGACGGGUGCACUCGGAAUUCCAGUAGAUCCGAUACGUAGAACUGCGUAGAGAAACAGGGACCAGAUGGCCAAUGCAGUCGUGAACACCACAUCGCCCAUGGCUGGGCGACGCCUGCAACGGGACGUAACCCGACUCCUGGCCUCGGACCAUCGUGCCACUGUGGACGACAACAUGUCCAGUUUGGCCGUGCUCUUCGAGGGGCCGCUGGGGACUGCCUACGAGGGUGGAAUGUGGACGGUGAACAUAAGCAUGCCGAAGGACUAUCCGCUAAAUCCGCCAAAGGUCCGCUUCAUCACCAAGAUACUGCAUCCGAACAUCGAGUUUAACACGGGCCUGGUCUGCAUGAAUGUGUUCAGUCAGGCCUGGUCGCCCAGCUACGAUCUGCUGAACAUCAUCGAGACCUUUUUGCCCCAACUGCUGCGCAACCCCAACCCGAACGAUCCGCUCAACCACCAUGCCGCCCAGAUAAUGAAGCACUCGGAGGCGAUGUUCCGCGAGAACGUGAUCGCCUGCGUGAACAUGUACGCCCGGCCCACUCCAAUGUGCCGCCGGUCGGAGGCGGGCAAGCAGCUUCUCGAGCAGCGCUCGUCGGAUCUGAGUCUAUCCGAACUGCUCUCAGACGAUGAUGUUGAUAAAGAUUAGUGAUUUUGGCCGAUCGUUUGUUAGUUCUUUGUAUGGAACACAGUUUGUAUAAAGUUUAACUAGAAUGUGCUAUAUAGAUGCAGAUCUCUAAA